AUGGCCACCAACAAGAACUACAAAGAGGCCCUAAACCAGCUCCGCGUAGCCUGGUGGAACGAAGAGGCCAAAAUGGCCAAAGACUUCGCCAACGCCGCCGACCAGGAAGCCUGGCUCAAGCACUUCCACGAAUGCCUGGCCAGCAUCAAACAGGGUCCGCCUUCUCCUCCUCCUUUCAAGGCCCACACCUCGUCCCCUGAAGACACCGGCGUUGGCCCUCACACUCCACCGGUGGUUCGCAAAAGCUGCGGUGUCGAAGUUGACGACGACGACACCACUGGUUCUCGCGUCGUCAAGAUCUUCGAGUACGAGAAACUGGUUGAGUCCUCAAAGGAAAAGGACAAGGACGCGGAAGUGGACGUGGAGUACUGGAUCACGCGUCCAACUGCGCUUCUGGUCGAAGUCCCGGGCACGGAGCUGUCGAGGGUGCAUAUUGGGAUUAAGGGUCCUGGCAAGAUAUAUGCGGAGAAAGCUGUUGCGGUUGUGGAGAGCGACACUACGCAUUCUGAGUUUGUCGAAAACGUGACCAAGGGUGCGGUGAAGAACUGA